AUGUCAAACUCAAUUCCUUCUCUUAUCCUAUAUGGACCGACUGGGGAUGGUUCGUUGUACACGGUAGACCAGGCCAACAACCGCUGCGUCCUCUUUUCCAGCAAAGUCAAUGAAUCAAAACCUCAGUUACAAAUGUAUCGCAUCGUCCAAGGAGGUCUGCUCCAGCCUCUAGGUACGGCGGCGAUCUCGUCGCUCAGUGGAUCCACCGUGAUCUCCAUACAUGGACAGGAGAUCAAAAUGAAAAUCAAAUAUGAAAGCCUGACACCCACCAAAUCUUUUACCUGCCCGGCUGGUGUCAUGACAUGGAGAUCUACGUCAUGGGGGAACGGGAUGGAGCUUUGGGAUCAAGCAGGAGUUAAGUUGGCUCGAUACGUCUAUCUGAAAUUGUCCGGCGAUCCCAAGCUUGAAAUAUUCGUCCCUCUUAACGAUAUGCUUUUGGACCUGGUGGUCACAGCUGCAGUAUCGCUACUUGUUGAUGACAAAAAAAGUCUGAACAUAGUCGCGGAAGUCUUAGGAGCAGCUUAA